UAAAAUAAAUCAACAUUAUUCUUUUAAAUAUUUCAUUAAUGAAUAAUGCUUAUCAAAAUAAAAGUCUUUGUUACUUACAACAUCGUUGAUUCACGCGCCUUCGUUCACGAUUUGAAAUAUUGAUUUGUUUGCAAUGAUAAUAUUACUGCUCAUGCUCACAUCGAGCUUUCACUAUCGCUGGAAAGCCCAGAACUGAACCAAAAAAUGAUCACCGCCAUGCCGCCAGCUUGUUGUUACUAAUAAGAUGUUUAUUACACGUUAAAGCUUUAUCGUUGUUUUAUACUGAAAUGUAGUCUAUAUGAAUUGCCGUAAAGGCAAUUUUCGUUGUCGUCCAAAUUGUUAAAAAAAAGGCCUCACCAUUGCGAACAUAAUUCCUAUUAUGAUGCUGGGGCGCAAGCAGAGCCUCAAAGGGGAACCCGUCUUGGCCGAUUAUGGCCCAGAGGAGUCCCUCAAUGAGAGCGCUGAUAUAGAAUGGGUGAAUAAGCUAUGGGUGAGAAGAUUGAUGAGGUCUUGUGCUCUAGUAUCUUUAGCUUCUGUUUGCUUAAAUACUCCUAAGACUUUUGAAAAAGUUCCACCUCUUCAAUAUGUUACCUUUAUUUGCGAUUUAGUUAUUACGUUUUUAUUUACUGCUGAAAUGAUUGCUAAAAUGCACAUAAGGGGCAUACUGAAGUUACAGAGGGAUAAAUCUUAUUUAAAAGAUCAUUGGUGCCAAUUCGAUGGAAGUAUGGUCAUCUUUCUCUGGUUAUCUGUAAUUUUACAAAUGUUUGAGAUGCUGGGUUUCGAUAUACGACUCACUCCCAUUUCGAUAUUGCGGGCGCCACGACCCUUGAUUAUGAUACGCUUCUUACGAGUCUUCCUUAAGUUUUCCAUGCCGAAAGCUAGAAUUAAUCAAAUUUUUAAGCGUUCGAGUCAACAGAUAUAUAAUGUGACUCUUUUCUUCCUUUUCUUCAUGUCUCUUUAUGGUCUUUUAGGCGUUCAAUUCUUCGGUGAAUUGAAAAACCAUUGUGUUCUUAAUACUACAAAUCCAAAGUAUAUAACUAUAAAUAGUUUAGCCAUUCCUGAUACUUUUUGUUCUACUGAUCCUGAAUCAGGAUACCAAUGUCCAGAAGGAAUGACUUGUAUGAAACUCCAAUUGUCGAAGUACAUCAUGGGUUUCAAUGGAUUCGAUGAAUUUGCUACUAGUAUUUUUACUGUCUAUCAAACUGCAUCACAAGAGGGAUGGGUUUUUAUCAUGUACCGUGCAAUAGAUAGUUUACCCGCUUGGCGUGCGGUUCUUUACUUUAGUACGAUGAUAUUUUUCUUAGCAUGGCUCGUGAAAAACGUAUUCAUAGCCGUCAUUACGGAAACUUUUAAUGAAAUACGAGUACAAUUUCAACAAAUGUGGGGUGUUAGGGGGCACAUCAGUAACAAUACAGCGUCACAAAUAUUAACUGGUGACGAUAAUGGUUGGAAAUUGGUAACUCUAGAUGAGAACAAACACGGAGGAUUGGCUUCUCCCAUAUGUCACGCAAUUCUUAGAUCUCCUCAAUUUCGUAUGGUGGUAAUGUUCGUGAUUUUGGCAAAUGGAAUCGCCACUGCGACGAUGAGCUUCAAGCAUGAUGAGAAACCAAGGCAUAUGUACUAUGACAACUAUUACUACGCUGAAAUCGCGUUCACCGUAUUCUUGGACCUCGAGACGUUAUUCAAAAUCUGGUGUCUCGGCUUUCGCAGUUAUUACAAGCAUUCGAUUCACAAAUUCGAGCUGCUGCUGGCAAUUGGUACAACCCUACACAUCAUUCCGUUCUUCUAUCUUUCUGGAUUCACGUAUUUUCAGGUUCUUAGAGUAGUCAGACUCAUCAAGGCAUCACCUAUGCUCGAGGAUUUUGUAUAUAAAAUAUUUGGUCCAGGGAAGAAGCUAGGCAGCCUCAUUAUAUUUACCAUGUGCCUGCUAGUCAUAUCGUCCAGUAUUUCUAUGCAGCUUUUUUGCUUUCUUGAUUUCACGAAAUUUGAAACAUUUCCAGAGGCAUUUAUGUCCAUGUUCCAAAUCUUGACACAAGAAGCUUGGGUAGACGUUAUGGAUGAAACAAUGUUAAGGACACAUGAAACAAUGGCUCCUCUUGCUGCUAUGUAUUUCAUUUUAUACCAUCUAUUCGUCACGCUGAUUGUGUUAAGUUUGUUCGUCGCUGUAAUUUUGGAUAAUCUUGAACUGGACGAGGAUAUCAAGAAACUGAAGCAAUUAAAAUUCCGCGAACAAAGUGCAGAGAUAAAGGAAACUCUACCAUUUAGGUUGCGAAUAUUUGAGAAGUUUCCUGAUAGUCCUCAAAUGACAUGUUUACACAAAGUGCCAUCAGAUUUCAAUCUUCCAAAAGUUCGUGAAAGUUUCAUGAGACAGUUCGUAUUUGAAAUGGAAACUGAAGAAAACGAAGGGGUCAAGAAAAUAAAUGAAACUUUUGAUUCAAAAAUGAUAUAUAGGAAACAACGUCCAGUAAAAAUUUUAAAUAAUCCACCGAAAGUAAGAAACGUUGUUACAAAUCUUAAAAAAGCAGCUGUUAUCUAUAUUAUAAAUGAUUCAAAUAAUCAAAGAUUAUUACUAGGUGAUUCGGCUAUGAUACCAGUGCCAGGAAAAGGUCUUUUAAAGCCACAGGGUACUGUCAGUAGUGCCAAGCAACUUCGUUUUGACCAGAAAAAAUCAAUUAGAAGAAGCGUCCGUAGUGGAUCAAUCAAGUUGAAACAGACGUACGAACAUUUAAUGGAAAACGGUGAUAUCGGAGGUAUAAACAGAGUUAGCUCUUCUCGGAGUAGACCGCAUGAUUUGGACAUUAAAUUGUUGCAAGCUAAACGACAGCAGGCUGAGAUGCGAAGAAAUCAGCGUGAAGAAGAUUUACGCGAAAAUCACCCAUUUUUUGACACACCAUUGUUCGCAGUACCGCGUGAGAGUAAAUUUCGUAAAAUUUGCCAGUCGCUUGUUUACGCGAGAUACGAUACAAACGUAAAAGAUCCAUUAACUGGAAAAGAGAGGAAAGUUCAAUAUAAAAGCCUGCACAAUUUUCUUGGCUUGGUCACAUACCUUGAUUGGGUAAUGAUUUUUGCUACCACUAUGUCUUGUAUCUCUAUGAUGUUCGAAACACCACGAUACCGCGUAAUGGAAGUUCCGGCAUUGCAAAUUGCGGAGUACGGUUUCGUGAUCUUUAUGAGUAUCGAGUUAGCUCUGAAAAUUCUGGCAGACGGGCUAUUUUUUACGCCGAAGGCCUAUAUCAAAGACGUCGCCUCCGUGUUGGAUAUUUUUAUUUAUGUCGUCAGCCUCGUGUUUCUCUGUUGGAUGCCGAAGAGCGUGCCUCCGAAUUCCGGUGCGCAACUUCUUAUGAUCUUACGUUGCGUUAGACCACUAAGAAUCUUCACUCUUGUACCGCACAUGAGAAAAGUUGUUUAUGAAUUAUGUAGAGGGUUCAAAGAGAUCUUAUUGGUCUCUACUCUAUUGAUUUUACUGAUGUUUAUAUUCGCGAGUUAUGGUGUACAGCUCUACGGGGGUAGAUUAGCUCGUUGCAACGAUCCCACUAUUUUAAAACGAGAAGAUUGCGUUGGAGUAUUCAUGAGGAGAGUUUUUGUGACGAAAAUGAAAUUAAAUCCUAGCGAAAAUGAGAGCUAUCCAUCGAUACUAGUGCCACGCGUUUGGGCUAAUCCUAGAAGAUUUAAUUUUGAUAAUAUUGGUGAUGCGCUGAUGGCACUUUUUGAAGUACUCUCUUUUAAAGGAUGGCUCGACGUUAGAGAUGUUCUUAUACAAGCUCUUGGUCCCGUCCAUGCUAUUUAUAUUCAUAUCUAUAUUUUCCUGGGUUGUAUGAUUGGUUUAACGCUAUUCGUCGGUGUUGUUAUCGCUAAUUAUUCUGAAAAUAAAGGAACCGCAUUACUCACGGUCGAUCAAAGACGAUGGUGUGAUUUGAAAAAGCGACUAAAAAUCGCACAACCGUUACAUUUACCACCCAGACCAGAUGGAAAAAAAUUCAGGGCAUUUAUCUAUGACAUCACGCAAAAUAUCUAUUUUAAAAGAUUUAUUGCGGUCAUGGUGCUCAUAAACAGUGCUCUUCUGUGUGUCUCUUGGAGAAUCGAGGAAGAACACACGGAAGCACUCGCUACGGUGUCCACGAUUCUGACACUCAUCUUCCUCGUGGAAGUAAUUAUGAAAAAUAUUGCUUUUACACCACGUGGCUAUUGGCAGUCCAGAAGAAACAGAUAUGAUUUGCUCGUGACAGUCGUCGGUGUUAUUUGGAUCGUCAUUCAUUGUACAAUGAAGAAUGAUUUGUCAUAUGUAAUCGGCUUCAUGGUCGUGAUCCUUAGAUUUUUCACAAUCACUGGCAAACAUACAACUCUCAAAAUGCUGAUGUUAACGGUCGGAGUAUCCGUUUGCAAAAGUUUCUUCAUUAUAUUCGGCAUGUUUCUUCUUGUUUUCUUUUAUGCGCUAGCUGGCACGAUCAUCUUUGGAACUGUAAAGUAUGGUGAAGGUAUAGGAAGGCGUGCCAAUUUUGAGUCACCUGUAACAGGCGUCGCGAUGCUCUUCCGUAUUGUCACAGGGGAAGAUUGGAAUAAAAUAAUGCACGAUUGCAUGAUACAACCACCAUAUUGCACUCCAGCUGCUAAUUAUUGGGAAACCGAUUGCGGCAACUUUCAUGCUUCCUUAAUAUAUUUUUGUACUUUCUACGUCAUUAUCACUUACAUUGUUUUAAAUCUUCUGGUGGCUAUUAUUAUGGAGAACUUUUCUCUAUUUUACUCCAAUGAAGAAGAUGCUUUGUUAUCGUAUGCUGAUAUUAGAAACUUCCAGAACACUUGGAACGUCGUUGAUAAUCAUCAGAAAGGUUUUAUACCUGUGAAACGGGUGAAGUUUAUUUUAAGAUUAUUGAAAGGUAGAUUGGAAACUGACCCACAGAAGGAUCGACUUCUCUUCAAGCAUAUGUGCUACGAAUUAGAGAAGUUGAACAAUGGUGAAGAUGUUACUUUUCAUGAUGUUAUCAACAUGUUAUCCUAUCGUUCGGUUGAUAUUCGAAAAGCCCUUCAGCUUGAAGAAUUAUUGGCAAGAGAGGAGUUUGAAUACAUUAUUGAAGAAGAGGUUGCUAAGCAAACAAUCAGAAAUUGGCUAGAAGGUUGUCUGAAAAAAAUACGUGCUAGUGGGAAGCAACAGAAUAGUCUUGUAGCUGGUCUUCGUGCCAACACUGAACAAGUACAACAACAAGAGCAUGUAGAAGAAAAAGGGAAGGAAGUAGCCAAAGAAGAAGAAACUGAAACAAAGCAGGAGAUUGAUGCAAUCAGGCACUGCAAAGCAAAGAAACCAGUAGUGCUUCCAAGAUCUGAUAGUAUAGGUAGUGGAUCAGGAAGAAAAUAUUUAAUUCCAACACUAUCAGAUCCUGCUUCGAUUAGGUCUGAAAAAGACAAGAGUGCGGCACCUAAGAAGAAGAAUAAUAGACCACCACCGGCGCCGAAAAAUAAUUUGCCACAUCUCACAGAGAGCACCGAGCAAAGCCGACAGCAGCGGGAAGUAGUCAAUGCAAAAGCAACUGUACCAAAACCUUCCAGCGUCAUGUUAGAGGUUCGAGAAUGGUGGAAGGAACAGUUGGCAUACAGCAGUGAGUCCAGCGAAGACGAGGUUUAAGUAAACGCUUUUAAACGAAUAGCCGCGGAUAUAAAUUAAAAGUAUAGCGCAGUACAGUAUAAAAAUGGAGCACAUGCUUUUUAGCAUCCUUGGUGAAAAUGUGAAUUAGAUUAAAAAUAAUGCAAAUACAAUUUGUAUUUCACUGUUGAUUACAUGUGCUUCGUUCUUAACUGUCUACACGAAUAAAACAUUGGUAAAUAAGAAGAAAAAUAUAAGUAUGUGCCUGAAACACCAGCGUUAAAGGUAAGGCAUAAGAGAAGCAUUUUUGAGCACAGAAAAGACAAGGUACAAUUUCUGUAAUCCUAUCGGAAAAAUAUCGAAGUAGAAUUAUUUCUUUUGCAUAUUUUUCGAAUCUUAUUUUUUACGUCGUUGUUUACAAAAUGAAAAAUGUAGAGAUAUAUACAGAAAAAUGAUUUAUAUCCAUUUUUAAUCGUUAUUUUUAUAUAGAAAAUUUUGCUAUGCUGUAUCGAAGUAUUAUUUUAUUACUGCACGAGGGAAUUGUAUAAUACAAUUCUUAUUUCUAAAUUAUUUAUCGUGUUAUUCGAUAUCAUUCUUUUUUAAACAGAAGUUUAUUUUUUCCCUCAUGUCUCAGUUUGCUAUUACAAAUACUCAGGUUCUAUAUAGAUUAAUGUUUUGUAGAUUGUAAUAACAUAUUUUAAGAUAUAUUGGAUAUAAUUUGUUAUUGUGUUAUAUAUAUUCUGUGUCAGUUAUUGGUGUUGAAAUGUGUAAUUUGUACAGAAUUAUAGAAUUAGAUACAGUAGGUUUUAUACAGCAAAAAGUUAAGCCAUGGAAGUGCUAAUUAAGAAUAAUGAAAUUAACGUUAUCGAGAAUAAUAUGAGUACAAUGAAUUUAAGUGACGAUUUUUUAAAAAAAUAAACAAUUUAGUUGUUGAAAAUUUAAUAUAUCGAAUGUGAACAAAAGACGAUUGAACGAAAUUUGUUCAUUUCCAAUAGAAACAUUACGUCCUGAAGGCCUGUAUUAUAACAAUAAGAAAGUAGCUGAUUAUAAAUGUUGUAGUAUUUUUUUGUUGUGAUUAUAUAUAUAUAUAUCUAUGUAGUAAAAUCUGAACAAUUUGGUACAUUCAAAGAUCAUAAUUCAAUUAUACAAAUUGUGCGUAUGAAAAAAAGGCAAUAUAUUAUGUUACAAUAUUAUCAUUGAUGUAUAUUCAAAUCAAAUGGUAUUAGACCUGUAAAUACAGAUCAACAUACAUAAUUUCAAACAAUAUGAUUAUGUAAAAUUAAAUAUUAUACAGCGAGGUUUUUUAAAACUUGAUCAGACAGUUCUAGAAAUACCAUAUGUUCAAGAUAAUUACAAAAAUUUAUGACAGCUAGUAUACAGUGAAAAUUUAUGACGUUACAAAUUUAAGAACUUUUUUAACGGUAUAAAAACGCGGAUAGAACAAGUUGUGUAAAAAAUGCCUAAAUAUUAGAUACAUAUAUAUAUAUAUAUAUUUAAAUGAGACAGCACAACUAUUUAUAUCUAUGUGAUAUGGGUUGAUUUUAUAUAAAUAUAUAUAUAUACAAAACAAAGACUUAGAAAUAUAAACAAUAUUGUUUACGAUAUUGUAAUGAAUGUUGAUCACUGUUGCUAGUUUACGUGCCAAUGUGCUGUACUGUAAUAUGGAGAGAUAAUAAAUGUUGAUAGAUAUAAAUAUUUCCAAUUA